CGCGUGUCGCUCUGCGCAUGCGCAUUCUGUGGAAACACCCUGUGUCGAAACCGAAAGUAAAGAAGAUCCUUAGGAAAUCUGAAUUCACCUUCAGAAGUCUUGAAACACACAUAAAUAUCACAUGACGGUCUGAAGUCAGUUUCUCAUUAUGGAGAACAGAGAGAGGAGGAAGAGAUCUUCAUCUCCAGAACCCAGCUGUGUGUCUCUGAAGAGUGACAGAUCAAUGUAUAAUCCUCCUGAAUUCAGUGAUGGAGCAGUGACCUCUGACCCCAGGAAGAGUCAGAGAUCUUCAUCUCCAGGACCAAGCUGUGUGUCUCUGAAGAGUGGCAGAUCAAUGUAUAAUCCUCCUGAAUUCAGUGAUGAAGCCGUGACCUCUGACCCCAGAGACGAUCAGACUGGAAACCAGGAUUCUCCUCAACCAGUGGAUGAUGAACUACAGAGAGUCAAAGACCAGCACAAAACCAGCAUGAAGAACAGGUAUGAGAGAUUAUUUGAGGGAAUGAAACUCCAAGAGAAUGAAACCCUCCUGAACAGGAUCUACACACAGCUCUACAUCAUAGAGGGAGAGAGUGAAGGAGUGAGUGAAGAACAUGAGGUUUUACAGAUAGAGAAAACAGCCAGAACACAACCCUCACAAGAAACUCCAAUCUACUGCAAUGACAUCUUUAAAGCCUCACCUGAACCAGGAUGUGAGGAGAAAGACCAAAUCAAGACUGUUCUUACUAAAGGCAUCGCUGGAAUCGGAAAAACCGUCUCUGUGCAGAAGUUCAUUCUGGACUGGGCUGAGGGAAAAGCCAAUCAGGAUGUAGAUUUCAUGUUUGUGCUUCCAUUUCGAGAGCUGAACUUGAUCCGAGAUCAUCAGUACAGUCUUCACAGACUUCUGCUGGACUUUCAUCCUGAACUUCAAGAUCUGGACUCAAAGAUUUAUGAGGAGUGUAAAGUUGUGUUAAUCUUUGAUGGUCUGGAUGAAAGCAGAAUCACACUGAUGUUUUCAGACGCUCAGAAAGUUUCUGAUGUGACUGAGACUUCAUCAGUGGGUGUGUUGAUGUCAAAGCUCAUGACAGGAGAGCUGCUUCCCUCUGCUCUCAUCUGGAUCACCUCCAGACCAGCAGCAGCCAGUCAGAUCCCCUCCAAAUACAUCAACCGUGUGACAGAAAUUCAGGGAUUCAAUGAGCCUCAGAAGGAGGAAUAUUUCAGGAAGAGAAUCAGUGAUGAGCAUCAAGCCUGCAGAAUCAUCUCACACAUCAGAAGAGCCAGAAGCCUCCACAUCAUGUGCCACAUACCUGUCUUCUGCUGGAUCUCAUCCACUGUGCUUCAAAAGCUCCUGAAAGAAGAUCUGAGUGCAGAAAUCCCUCAAACUCUGACUGAAAUGUACAUCCACUUUCUGCUGAUUCAGAUCAACAUGAGGAAUCAGAAGUAUGAAGAGAGAGAUCUGGAAAAACUCCUGCAGUCCAACAGAGAAGUGAUUGUGAAACUUGCUGAAGUGGCUUUCAAGCAGCUGAUGAAGGGCAAUGUGAUGUUCUAUGAGGAGGACCUGAGAGAGAGCGGCAUAGACGUCACUGAUGCCUCAGUGUAUUCUGGGAUUUGCACUGAGAUCUUUAAGGAGGAAUCUGUGAUUCAUCAGAGGAAAGUCUACAGCUUCAUUCAUUUGAGUGUUCAAGAGUUUCUUGCUGCUUUCUAUGUGUUUUACUGCUUUUUAACAAAGAACAAGGAACCACUGCAUGAAUUCAGAUUUUACAGAUUUGAUGAAGAAUUUCUGUAUGACCUACUUACAUCAGCUGUAGAUAAAGCCCUCAAGAGUAAGAAUGGACAGCUGGAUCUGUUCCUUCGGUUCCUGCUGGGAGUCUCACUGGAUUCCAAUCAGAGACUCUUACAGGAUCUACUGACACACACAGAGAACAGCUCAGAGAGUAUCAGAGAAACUGCACAGUACAUUAAAGAGAAGAUCAAAGAUGGACAUGGACUCUCCACUGAAAGAUCCAUCAAUCUGUUCCUCUGUCUGCUGGAAGUGAAAGAUCAGACUCUGUCCAGAGAGAUUCAGGAGUUUGUGAAAUCAGACAAACAUUCAGAGGAGAAACUCUCUCCUUCUCACUGCUCAACCAUCUCCUACAUGCUUCAGAUGUCGGAGGAGAUGCUGGAUGAGCUGGACCUCAAGAAAUACAACACAUCAGAUGAGGGUAGAAGAAGACUGAUACCAGCUGUGAUCAACUGCAGAAAAGCUCUUAUUGCUGGCUGUAAUCUUAAUGUUCAGCAUUGUGAGAGUUUGUCAUCAGUUCUUCAAUCCUCAAACUCUGUCCUGAGAGAGCUGGACCUGAGUAGCAAUGACCUGCAGGAUUCAGGAGUGAAGCUGCUCUCUGAUGGACUGAAGAGUCCAAACUGUCAGCUGCAGAUACUGAGUCUUGCUGGCUGUAUUCUUAAUACUCAGCAUUGUGAAAGUUUGUCAUCAGUUCUUCAAUCCUCAAACUCUGUCCUGAGAGAGCUGGACCUGAGUAGCAAUGACCUGCAGGAUUCAGGAGUGAAUCUGCUCUCUGAUGGACUCAAGACUACAAACUGUCAGCUGCAGAUACUGAGGUUGUCUGGCUGUAUGGUGACAGAGGUAGGCUGUGGUUAUGUGUCUGCAGCUCUGAGUUCAAACCCCUCACACCUGAGAGAGCUGGAUCUGAGCUACAAUCACCCAGGACAAUCAGGAGUCCAGCUACUCUACGACAAACUGAAGGAUCCAAACUGCUCACUGCAGAAACUCAAUGUGGAUCAUGGAGGAGAGAUCAGAAUCACAGCAGGACCACGAAAGUAUGCCUGUGAUCUCACACUAAAUCCAAACACAGCAAACACUCGUCUCAUUCUGUCUGAUGACAACAGAAAGAUCACAUGUGUAAAAGAGCAUCAGUCAUAUCCUGAUCAUCCAGAGAGAUUUGAUCCAUAUCCUCAGAUUCUGUGUGGAGAGAGUCUGACUGGACGCUGUUACUGGGAGGUUGAAUGGAGCAGACGUGCUGAAAUAUCAGUGACAUAUGAAGGAAUCAGCAGGAAAGGAGAGAAUGAAGACUGCAUGUUUGGAUCCAAUGACAAAUCCUGGAGUCUGUGGUGCUAUUAUGACAGUUUCUCUGUCCAUCACAAUAAGAAAUACACCGAGAUACCUGCCAUGCCUUCAUCCUCUACUAGAGUAGGGGUCUUUCUGGACGUGUCGGCUGGUGCUCUGUCCUUCUACAGAGUCUCUGACAUGCACACACUCACACACUUACAUACAUUCAACACCACAUUCACUGAACCCCUCUAUGCUGGAUUUAAGGUUGAUUAUGGCUCUUCUGUGUCUCUGUCAGUUUAAACAGAAACAGACACUUGGAAAUUCCCAUACUUACUUAUAUUUUCACACAAAGUCAUUAAAUCUUAAAUUACAAAUUACAGUUUGUGUAUGUGAUAUAGACAGCUAGUGGUUGAAAUUGGUACUGCAGUCCAAAUUCCAAAUAUUGAAGAGAGUUGUUUCCCUCGUCCUCUCCUCCUCAGACUCGAAGAUGAGGUGCCUUUUAAAGGCACUAGUCAGAAGAAAAAACCUUGUAGGAAGCUAAUUUUUUUGUUAAAUCAUCCUCAAAUUUGAUACUUGACUUGUGGCUUCGGGCCCAGUGUAUUUCUAGCACUAGCAGGAAUCGUUAUUAUUAUUAUUUUUUAAUGAUAAAAAGAUGUUAUGCAAAAAUUGGUUUAGGAAAAUCAACCAUUUGAGUUCAAGCAUGUAAUUUUCCUGUUUGUGGCUCAAAAAUGGGCCUCUGAAAUUGACAGAAUAAUUUUUGUAAAUUCAAUUAGCGUAAUCUUAUUUUACUUGCUGUUUGGAGCUGACUGCUCUAAUGGCAUCAUGUGUUUGUUUUGGAGAUGUGUUCCCUGUCAAACAUCAUUUAUCCUUAUACUUUUGUAAUUUUGUCAAAUAUUUGUUCUUGAUUAUACAUCUUUAUUUGAUUUUUUUCCCCUAAUUUAAUAAAUGUUGGUAUUUUAUGCAAUUAAAAAAAAAAAAAAAAAACGAAACUGGGUGAAGUUAGGUUGAUUGGGAUACUUUUUUUCAUAGUCAUAUCAAUGGCAAAAUAUGUCCCAAUCUACCUGAAUUCACCCCUAUCCUAUAAAUUCGGAAUAGCAGAGAUAUCUCAUUUAAAAACAAUAUUAUUAAGUAGCCUAUUUUAUUUUGGCCUGCAGUCUAAUAAAAGUUAAUUAGAAAAAAACCUGAGGCCGUAUGUAUAAAGCUUCUCAGAGUAAAAUUUUAACAAGUAACAAGAUCGCAGCAAAGAAGAGGAGACACAUGCUUUCCAAUGAAGAUAUGGUGUAUUGAAGUGAUAUGAUGAAAGAAAAUGAUUUGAUAAAAUGAUAUAAACUUGAUUAACAAUUCUUUUUGUAACUGACCUAAGAAUAAAUGUAAAAACUGUAAAAAUAUUUAAUACAUUUAAUAAAUAUUACUUAAUAAUACAUUUAAGGCAUUUUAAUACAUUUAAUGACUUUGAAUGAACUUUUUAUAACUUUAAAUGUAACGACUUCUCCUACUCUACAAAUCAAUUCUCUGACUAUAGAAAUGAAAUCGUAAUUUCCUUUUUUGGUAACUGGAAAAAUGCAGCAGUGCACCGGCGAUGACUUGGACCCAUCAGUCCACAGUAAGCAGGCUUUUAAAUAGGACUAUUGCUAAACUUACCACACCAAACAUAGUGGCCAAAAUUGAUGUGCAAAGUUUUUUUUUUUUUUUUUUCUUUUCUAAAUGACCCUACAAUUUAGCUUAAAGCAUCAAAAUAUGAGGAAAAUAUUUUUACUUUUAUGUUUAGGCUAUAUCAUAUAAAGGUUUAAAAGUAUAAGAGAAGAUUAAAACAUUACACUAAGCAAAGGUAUUUAUCUGACAAACUUUUUUGCAAAAAAAGGAGGAAACUGCAGCUACAAGUUUCAGAAAAACAAAACAAAAAAAAAAUCUCAGAAAAAAAGCACACAUUGACUACAACAUAAUCUGUUUUAAUAUUUCAUUGGUCCUCUUGUUUUUUUGCAUGUGUUCAUAAUUUCUUUGUAAGACAGCCUGGCCAAAAAUAUUUUUAAAUAAUUUUAAAUAAUUUUAAAGUUCAUUUCAUUAUCACACAUGAAACAAUUGACUCCAAGCACAGCUAUGCGAUAUGCUUACAUCUUUUAACACAUUUUUAAAAAUAUUUGAAUUAAGGUUGAAGAUGUCAAUUUGUAAUAAAUUUAGUAGAAAUCACAUUUGGCCACAACUCUAUGGCAGUUCAUCGACUUUCCAACUGGCAAUCAAACCAUGCGGCAAAAGCAAGUCACUUUUAUGUUGAUAGUGGGCUUCCUGCAGUUGUUGGAGCCGUUGAUGAACUCAUGACACAUCAUUGCUCCAAUUGUAAAUGAGGAGACAUAUAUCAAUAGAAAAAGAUUCCACAUCAUCAAUACUAAUUUGUGAAAAUUUUGCACAAUGCAAAGCUAUUUUUAAAAAUAAAUUGAAAUAUUAAAAUGUUUCAGUGGCUUUUUAAAUGUUUAUAUAUACAUGAUUGGUGUGGUGCUGCUGUGACUUCACCCAUGGAGGCUCGCUAUUGGCUGAUUCAGAGGUUGAGGGCGGCCAUUUUGAGUUGAAAUUAUUGUAGUCCUUAGUUCACAACACUUAAGUCAGCACUUAAGAAUCAAUCUUAGACAAUACAAAAAGUUGCUUUUAGCUUCUUUACAAAGGUCUCCUACUCUGAGAAAAGUCCUACUUUUUACUAAGAAUUUUUUGACACCUAAAUCAAAACUUUAGACUAUUCUUAAGAGCAUUUCUGCAAAGUUUUAUACAUACAGGCCCUGAUUCUGAAUAUUAAUUUAAAUACUGUGCAUAACGAAUAAACAAAAUCACAAACAUGACCAUUGUAAUUAAAAUUUUAUAAAUACUAUUUAUUUAUAUUGCAAACAGAUGAAGAAAUUGCAAUGCUUUGAAUAUCUCAUGUACAUGUUGAGAGUUUCCAAUGUUGGCAGCUCCACUAUAACUUAUUAUGAGCAUGACUAUAGAAAAUAUAAAUAAAAUAAAAUAGGCCUACUCAGAUAUAAUUUUUGCUUCUGUUUCUAAAUAAAUAAAGCAGUCAUUUGUAUUGUUAUAAGGAGCCUAAGGAGACCUUGGAAUCUAACCAGAAAGUAAAAAAUAACCUUACAAUUUUUGCUCAUGCAGAAUGAACCAAUCUGUUUUUAAUCUUUGAUUUUAGACAAAUACCAAAUACAUCAUAGCUUGAAUACAAGUUUUAAAAAAAGCUUCAUGUUAUAACUAAGGAAAUUAAACAUAUCAAUGUAUCAGUGUUGGCUUGACAACUUGAACUCUUCAUGAAAUGUGUCUGCAGCCAAAAAGAAAGAGAAACACUGGACCUUAUGAAAAUAAAUAGGCAAGACACAUUACUAUCUGACAUCAACAUUUAUCAUUCUUACAAUCACCAAAUUGGAUUCUGUUCUUUUCAAUUGUAUUCAACAGGUCUCUUCACAAAACAAAAAUUCAUUUCAAACUGUUAGUUUAAGCUCAAACUAACCAAAGUAAAACCUUUAACAUUUCAAUCAUUAAAUUAAACUAACUGAAUCACAGGCUAUUAUUAGAUAAAGUGCAGCCAAACUUAACAUGAUGUGUGUUUUACGGUGAAUGUCGGCAGUGUUGUCUUCCAGGGGGGGAGAGGCAGGGCAUGGUGGGGCUAUAAUGAUAUAGAUGAUAUAAUAUGAUAUUGUGAUAUUUUUUAAGGUGAUUCAUAUCACCCAGCCCUACUAGCAUGGAAUGUUCUCACUCAAACCACUGACUGCAACAACUUGUUUUUGGAUGGAAAAGCUGCUUAAUAGUAACAUAUUGGCAAAACAUAUUUUGUAAGCAAUCCAGUGCAGUUUCUAUUUACAAUGUGUUUUUGCAGGGAUGAGCAUGUAUCCAAUCAUAGACAUAUAUGAUGAUUUCUUGAUUUCAAUGGUCAAUCACACGUUUAAGUUAGUACUGAACAAAAAUUUCUGCGAGAUUGCGAUGAACUAAGAUGAGUGACAACUUUUAGUGAUUAUAAAGGGAUCGCUCUUUGUGCGCUUUCUGCCAUGCCAAAUCCCACAUACAGUAUUCUUACUUUUCUGUUAAAAUGAAAGGUGAUUUGUGAAUGUAGACACUUCAAUAAAAAAUCAUUUUUGGGUAGCAUUUAUGCUGUGAUGUGUAGGUUGAGCGGUGACACGUAACUAUUUCAUGGAAAUCUGUUUGAAAAUGUUUUUGAAGGAGAAGCUCAUCUCCUUGGCCUUACCCUAGAGUUGGUUCACCCUCUGUCUAUGGCUAGAACUUUUAAAGAGAGUAAACAUAUAUAAAAAGUAUUAUAGCAAUUUCUUUUCUACUAUUAGUAAAAGAACACGAACAACCAUAAUUAGCAUAGAGUAUUCCACAAAUACACAUAAUUUAAAUAAGUCUUUAAAUAUAUAUUAAACAUUUAAUUUCACAAACCUUAAGAUACUUGAAUAUAGCUGUUAGAUCUUCUUAAGUGUGCAUUUGCAGCCUGCAUACAAGCACGUUACUCUGUAAAUAAUAGUCGGUCAAUGCGAAAUAAGUAUACAUUAAAUUUCAGCAGUUGUUAUGCAUGUGUUUUUACUGUCUGUAAAUUAGUGUGAGAUAAUAUCAGCUUUAUAUUGGCCAUGAAAAAGUCAGUGUUGGUUGACCAACAGUUUGCUUUAAUAUUUAUAUCGUAAACUGAUCAUCAUAUUUAAUAAAAGUACAUUUAUGAUUCAUUUAACCAUGAAACAGUUUAUGAAUCAUUGAUGUGAACUGAUGACAGUAUGAAUACUCAUGAAUGAUGAGAGUUAAGCAGAAUGAAACUAAAAGUAAAUCACAUCUCCUGAUAGUGUGCUUUUUUCCCCACACACUGUGCUGAUUUAGCAGUGAUUCACUUAAUUAAUUCUGCAGAUCUGGGCCUGUAUGUAUAAAGCCGCUCAGAGUAAAAUUUUAGUCUUAAGUGUGUCAAAAUUCUAAGAAUGAUGUCAUUUUACUCUUAUUCUUAGACUUAAGAAUAAGUGUGAUUCAUAAAGGUUCCUAAGUGUCAAGACUAGGUCUUAGCUCUUAAAUUAUUUAAGACAGCUGGAGAGGUGUCUUAACCUAGUUAAGAGUAACAAGAUGGCAGCAGAGAAGAGGCGAUAUAUGCUUUCCAAUGAAGAUAUGAUGUAUUGGAGUUAUAUGAUGACAUGGAGUUGAUAAAAUGGUAUAAAUUUGAUUGACAAUUCUUUUUGUAACUGACCUAAUAAGAAAUGUAAUAACUUUAAAUACAUGUAAUAAAUUUAAUAAAUAUUACUUAAACAAUAA